AUGGACAACGAAGUCCCCCUGCCCCCGCCGCGACGCAUCCGCCAUCGCUCGCCCGCGACGCGAUCCCACGCCACCACCACCACCACCACCGGCUCAUCGUUGAAAAAGACAUAUCGGCUCUCGCGGUUCGACGACCGAUCGAGCCAGCCGUCCAGCGAUCCGGCGCUCUUCUCCAGCGAUGAUAUCCCCGCGUCCGGGCUGGAAAACUACAAUGGUCCCGUCGCUUCGGCAGCGGGUCGGAAGAGGCGAUACCGGGGCACCUGGUGGGGAGAGACCGUGGUUGAUCCGAAGCGGAAGAGGGCGGAUUUCAAGGAUAAACGGCUUGUGGAUAGUGGUGUGUGGAUGGGGAGCGAUGAGUCAUUUGCGGAGUCGCUUCUGCCGUCUAAGGAUGCGUUGGCGUGGGGGGAGGAAUUGGCGAAGAAUAUGAAAGGUUCGACGGCGACGGCGACUAUUCUUGGGAAUGAUGUGCAGAGUGCAGUGGGUGAUUCGAACGCUGGUGCUUGGGGAUCGCAGCACGCGACCGUGCAGCAGCGGGGAGGAGCAUUUCGAAAGGUGGAGGAGCCGAGGGAGCACCAGCUCGCGCGGACGAUCAUCCAUGAUUGUUUGGAGAAGGGGCAGGAUAGCGUGGACUUGAGUGGUGGGGUUCUGAGGAUGAUUCCCCCUGGCUUGCUGCUUCCUCUUCAGCAUCUGACCAAGCUGCCCUCCAUCAUUGAGCCUCCGAUCUCGGAAGAGGGAUACAGCGCUCUACAUCCCUUCCUGCGGUUGUUUCUCGCUGGCAAUGCGCUCACCGCAGUCUCGGGCGAGCUGUUUGAACUGAAGUGCCUACGGGUUCUCAGCCUGCGUAACAACAAGCUGACUGAAAUCCCACCCGCUAUCCGACGACUGACAAUGCUGCAAGAGGUCAACCUCUCGGUCAACCGCCUGCAAUGCCUGCCCUGGGAGCUGUUAUGGUUGAUCAAAAAGGGUGAUCUCAAGCAUCUCAUAGUCCAGCCCAACCCUCUCCUGCAGAUCAACGAAGUAGAGGUUGCAAACUGGUAUACCCUCGAUGGUAGCGAUACAUCGUCCCCCGAGGAAGCCCUGAAGUCGUGUGAUUACGAGGGCCCAGCACCAGAGGAAGCAUGGGCCCCCAUCCACGUAGCCACGGGCCCGGUCCGUCGCUUCAAUAUGGAAGGAAUCCCUAUUGCGGACGGACAACCCGGCAGCAUACCGAUGCUUUCCCCAGACCGUGCAUCGUCCCGUGUGCCGUCUCUGCGCGAAGUCUCGCUCCUUGCAUUCAGCCAGUCGGCCUACUUUGACCAGAUCUCCGAUUCCGAAAUGGCCGACUAUCCAGAACUCAUGCUUCGCCUUCUGCGGCAGGCGCGAGGCGUCCGAAACGCCGGUGGUCGGAGCUGCUCGAUCUGCCACCGCAGCUUCGUCAUUUCACGCACCGAGUGGAUCGAAUGGUGGGACUGCAGUACGUACGAGAACGGGCUCAAGGGCCCGCGUGGUUCGGGCGAGCAAUUGCGGCCCCUGCCGUUCCGCAGAGUCGGGUGCAGCUGGGCGUGCGUCCCGGAGGCUGCAAGAACGGCGGCACAAGCUCAAGGGGAGUUGUCAUCGUCAUAG